UGAGUGUUUCCCAGACCAAGGUGGCCGCCGACUACCCGCGUCGCGGCCAUUCACCCGCGGUCGAAGCGUCGGGGAGGGACAGAGCUCCCGUCUCGCUGUUGGCUGUUCGUCUCGUCGCUUCGCUGUCCCUCCGCUGCUGUUGUCGCUGCUGUUGUUGUUGUUGUCGCUGUUGUUGUUGAUGCCUAGGUCGGGACUCGGGAGGAGAACGCGGAGCUGAGCCCCACCACCCACACCCCACACCGGCGGGCGGAGAAGGAGCGACAUGGCGGGGACGGCGACACCCGAGUGGGGCCCCUUUGACGAGAGCUCACAGGUUGAGCAGGGUGGCCCUGGCGUGGCUGGGGGUGGCGCAGCUGUGAUUGACAUGGAGAACAUGGACGACACAUCAGGCUCGAGCUUUGAGGACGUGGGAGAGCUGACGCAGCGGCUGGCGGACGCGGAAGAGGAAGGAGGCAGUGAAAACAACGACUUCAUGGGGGUCAAGGGUCUCCGGGGGCAAAUUGGGAAGCAAGUUGCCGACCAGGUAUGGAGAGCAGGCAAGCAGCAAGCGACCAAAGCCUUCACUCUGUACGCGAAUAUUGACAUCCUGCGGCCCUAUUUCGACGUGGAACCAAUUCAAGUCAGAAACAGGUUGCUGGAGUCACUGGUUCCUGUUCGAAUUGUAAAGUUUCCUCAGAAAAUUGCAGGAGAGCUGUAUGGGCCACUCAUGCUUGUGUUCACCAUGGUGGCCAUCCUGCUUCAGGGCAUGAAGACUUCCGAUACUAUCAUAAGAGAGGGAACCCUCAUGGGCACGGCCAUCGGCACAUGUUUUGGGUACUGGGGAGGUGUGUCGUCUCUGCUCUACUUCAUGGCCUACGUGUGCAACGCCCAGAUCACAAUGGUGCAAUUGCUGUCUCUGCUGGGCUAUGGUCUUUUUGGCCCCUGCAUCGUGUUGUUCGUGACAUACAAUGUGCACCUGCACUCUCUGUUCUAUCUCCUGUGGAUUAUCAUCGGUGGACUCUCAACUUUGCGAUUGGUUUUCGUGCUGGUUUCACGUACUGUGGGCCACACGCAGAGGCUGGUGCUGGGUGGAACCGUCGCUGCGCUGCACAUGCUCUUUCUGCUUUACCUGCACUUUGCUUACCAUCGCAUUUUAGAGGGGCUGAUCGAUUCAUUUGACAUGGAUCCUCUCCCUGCACGAGUCCCACGGGAAGUGGCGGCCAUCACAUCAAAACUCGUCCUCACCAGCACCGCGGUCUAAACAUCCUGCACACUUGCUUGCACCCACCACUACCAAUGAGUCACGGCACUCAACCUGUUCCCAACACUCAGCAGUCUCUUAAUACAAACUCUAUGCUUCUGAUGUUUCCUGUAACCUUGUAUUUUUCAUCAAACUUUGCCUCACGCUCAUUAAUUUUAAGACAGGUUUGACUUUCCAAUCGUAAUGCAUGGGGGUUGAUUUGGUACGAGGAAAUGUUUUGUGUUUUUGUUCUAAUGAGCUGGCCAAGUCAUAACUAAAAUAUAAGUUGCAAAAUGUCAUUGGCAGGGUAUAAUACAAACGAUAUUUCAGCCAAAUUAUCUCCAAUUAUGACAGCACGAAUACAAGCUAGGUGACUGCUUUUAAAAUAACAGCGGUUGUGGGGAUUGUAGUACUGUAAUUAUCUAACUAUGGUUGUCAUAUACAUUGUAUUUUUGUUCUGGAACAAUAUAAUUGUCCGUUUUCUUUAAACCUAAGUUAAAUGUAUAUUUUUGUUUUUUUCCUUGAAUAAUAUUAAUGUUUCCCACUCAAAUUUGUGGCUGUAAUUCUUUCAUGAAUAUCAAGUUACAAUUUUCCUUUAUGAAAACAAAUUAUGGAAGAAGUGCCUGCCUGUGUUUUUUUAUUGCAGUGGCUGUUUUCAGCAUAAAGUAUAAAGUUCUUAA